CUGUCAACAUAAUACAAAUAUUUUAAAAAAAAUGGUCUUUUUUUUGCAAGGAUCAGUCCCCGCUUGCGCCAGUAAUUUAUCAAUAAAAAGAUGAAAGUUCGGCUCGCUUAAAAGCGCGAUCCAGUUCGAAAUUUCCCAAUCAAUUUUAUUUUGUCGCACUGCUAAAUAAACAAUGUUUAUCGGCAUGAUUGCGAUCGAAUUUCCAUCAGUAUGAUGCCCUCCUCUUCCACAAGCAUUAAUGACAAAGUAACAACGAAUAACGACAGCAAAUCAUCAUCAAUCAGUCCAUCUUCUAGCCCUAGGAGUAGCCCUAGACCGAGUCCGCAGCCCGAAUCGAAAGAGGACCAUUCAAAGAUUGAUACUACCCCAAAUUUGGAACUUAAAGAGACAUUUAAGCAUGAAAGUACUCCAUCAAGUCAGGACAGUUCUACAAGUAGAUUAAGCACAACAAGCAGUCCUGAUCCUUCACCUCAGGGGGAAUCAAAAUUAUCUGAUUUAUCAAAUAAAGAUAGGAAAGAUCUUCGCCCCAAAAAGAAAUCAUCAUGGUUCAACUCACUUUACCCAACAUAUAAAAGUCGCUCUGAAGAUUUUAAAAAACUUUUUGAUGUACCUGCUGAUGAACGCCUGGUAGUUGAUUACUACUGUGCUCUACAAAAGGAUAUUUUAAUACAAGGCCAUUUGUACACUACCCAGAAUUAUUUAUGCUUUUAUGCAAACAUUUUUGGCUGGGAAACAAAUCUUACACUAAAAUGGAAAGACGUUGCAGCUAUAACAAAGGAAAAAACUGCCUUAGUUAUUCCCAAUGCUGUUCUAAUAUGUACCAAAACAGAGAAGUACUUCUUUACCAGUUUAAUGCAAAGAGACAAAGCUUAUUUAAUGCUUUUUCGAAUAUGGCAAAAUGCAUUGAUGGAUCAGCCUAUGACACAACAAGAGAUGUGGACUUUAGUUCACCAAUGUUAUGGCAGUGAACUUGGUCUAACAAGCGACGACGAAGACUACAUCUCCCCCACCCAAUACGAGGAGAAAUUUUCGUCCGUACUCUCAGUGGUCUCUUUUCGCGACUCUUUUAGCGAAGUAGAAUCGAGCCAAAUUAGCGAAUCAAUAACCAGCGAUCAAAUGGUCUCCGACGAUAAAAUGGACGAUUUGGGCAGAUCCAACUCACGCGAAUCCAGUGAAACAAAAGUGAUCGGAGGACAAACCCACAUUGAAAAUUCAGAUUCCGAAAGUGACAAACCGAUAAGUAUGAAAACUGAGCCAUCUACAAUUGAAUGCCCAGCCUCUCAUGAAGGCAGAGUUCUACUCAAUGAGAUUUAUCCUAUUCACAUUGAUCAGCUUUUCACACUAUUGUUCACCUCUUCUAAAUUCUAUAUUGAUUUCCAUGCAUCUCAGAAAACUUCUGAUCUUACUCAGACUCCUUGGACUCACAACCCAUUAGACAAUAGUAAAAGUCGAGUUGUUAACUUGACAAUGUCUUUGGGGCAAACUAUGGGUCCAAAAACUUGCCAGGUAACCGAACGACACACUAUGCUACCCUGUAGCAAAUCGGGAAGCCUUUACUCGGUAGACGUAGAAAGCGUCAACGCGGGAAUCCCAUACGCCGACAGUUUCUACGUAACUGCCCACUACUGCCUUAAAAAAGUCUCAGAAACGCACACUUCGAUCCACGUAACUGGCCAGUUAAAAUUUAAAAAGAACGUGUGGGGUCUCGUUAAGGGAAUGAUUGAAAGAAACGUUUGGUCCGGUUUAGAAGACUUUUUUGGCAAACUAAAGGAUGCUUUACAAGUCGAAUGCGAAGAAAACGUACCGGAACAACGAAAGUCCAGACGAAAACGUCGUUUGCAUUCCAUGCCAAAGUACAGCACGGAAGACCUAAGGCUAAACGUUCCGCGCAAAAAACUGGCCCAAACAGGCAGUAUUUUCACCACAGAAGUCUGCACGAUAAUCGUUUUUGUAGUCCUACUAAUCCUUCUAGUCUUAAAUGUACUACUAUAUUACAAACUGUGGUAUCUGGAAGAAACCUCGCCCGCUAUGAAGAUAAUGGAUCUUAGCAGCUUGAAGCUUCCGCCUAAGUCUCACGAGGAGUGGAUUCAACUAUUGCAGCAACAAGAAUAUACGCGGACAAUCGAGGCGCAAAAGUGGCAAAAGACGCUGACGCACGUGGUCAGUUUAUUGAGGAAAGCGGAGGACGCUUUGGAGGAAUUGAGGAGGUCCAUCCAUCCGAAUUAUAUGGACAAGGUGGUCGAUGAAGUGCUAGAGAAGAAGGCAGGUAAAGCGGAGUUGUAGAGUAAGAAUUUUAGAAAAUAUGUAGGGUCUCUUGAAAAAUCGCUAAGUUUUUUUUUUUUUUAUAGUUCUCAGCUUGUCUUCAGUUUGAACGUAUUGGAAAUUAAUAAAAUUGCUGGAUUUAUAUUUAUGCAUCUUGUAGCUGGGGGCUGAUGGGCUUUACCAAUAUUUAGCCGAACAAGUUACUAUUUUGAUGUAAUAACAUGUUAUCUCUGGUUUGAUUAAAUUAAAAGGAAAGUUGAUUAUUUUGAGCACCUGUCGAGGUUAUGAAAAACGUGCUGCGAUGGUUACAUAUAAAAUACCUUUUUAACUCACUCUGACUAAUCUCCCAUAUGAAAUGUUUUUAUUCACGUUUAAAUGUAUAUUACAUCGUGUAUUAAACAAAUUAUAUUUUGCGACAUCGUACCUAACUAAAUGCAUAUUGGUUUUUAUCGAACAAUGUAUUAACAUGGUGACUACAAAAUUAUUUAUUGUAUUUUAGCAAUGAUUUCGGAUUUUUAUUUUUUUAAAGCAUGUUGUUAGGAUGUCUUCCAACCCGGGUUCAUGUAUUUCAUGCACUUGCUCUACGGAAUAUCUUAACUUUAUUUAUUGUUAUUGUUAUUAUUGCUACUGAACUCUAGACUCCCACAAAAGGAAAUCUGGAGGAGUCAACUGAGGGUAUCUUGUACCCAAGGUACGUGCUAUACAUAGCACGAUGAUCCAUUGAAAUUUUCAUUUUUUACCAAUCAGCUACCAUCCUCAAACUAAAGAAAACUGAAACAAGCCGCAUUAUACAACUAGCCAAAUCGGCGCUCUCUAUUUAUAAGGAGCAAAAAAUUAUCGAUAUAUGAUAUAAAAAUGGAUUAUUUUUAUUAGUUAUAGAGUAAUAUAUGAUGGGUUUGUUAGAUUGCAUGGUUGCACAUUUUUUUCUAUUAUUUCAGUGCUUGAUCAUCAUAUAAAAAUGUUGAUCUUUUAGAUCUUAGUAUGUUUACCAAGUCAAAAACUUAAAAAUUGCAGUAAUAACAUUCAAAUCUAUGACAUCUUAAGUUUAUCUUUUUUUUUAAUAGAAUUUAAAGAGUAAAAAAAUAAGUGCCGAUAGAUCUAUAGCAUUAUUAGAAAUUGCAAGAAUUCUGAUGAUUUAGUUAUUGGUACACAAAUGAUGCAAUAGACAGGAGGGCCUAGGAAAAAAUGACACAUCAACGAUUUUAAUAAAAUCAAUAGGUGAAAACACUAGUAAAAGAAGUUUGUGGGCAAAAAAACUUACACCUGUGAGUUGAGAUAUAAGGAUCAAUACGAAACAUGGAUAGCUUUUUGAAGAACGAAGGAAUUGAGUUAAAUCUGAUUAAUCGGGUAAUAGACCAAUGUUGAUCAGAUGGUAUAUUAAUAAAGACCAAUUUGAAAGAAUUCAGGGUUUUCAGAAGAACAUUUGUUACAAACAAUGGUUGAAGAUAUUUUCUACAACUACAAAAUAUCGUUUGAAAAUGAUAGGUGAGCAAAACUAGUAGUCUAGUACUAGAAAACUUAAUAUUAACUAAAGUAAUAUACAUAUACGGUAAUAAGUAUUAGCAGUUCAGAAGGACGUUAAGGCUUCCAGAAAAAGAUGCCUGACCUUGAAGAAUCGUCUUUAUUUUUUUAGUGUAAUCAGUUGUACCCUAUUGUUGACAAUCCUGAAAUAAAUAUAAAAGUAGUAUUCUUUGUCUACUAUCUGUUUAAGUCUUUUUUAGGUCACUCAUAAGUUCUUCAUAAGGUUUGAAUUCCAGCGAGGGCAUUGGCCUCUACCAAUAGUAUAUUUUGCGAUUUAUUUGUCAAAGGUGCGCCUCUGAAAGCCUCCGCUAGCCCCACUUUUAAUAAUAAAGGACACCGUAAAAUUGUACGUCCGAUUUAGAUUAUAAAUUAACACAUUUAUUAAAAAAAUAUAUAUGAAAAUUGCUUUGUUUAUCAGGCUUUAUAGUUGAUGGUUAAUCUGUCGAUUGUCUACUACCCAAAGAGCUAAGCAAAUAGUUACCAAAUAUAAGAGGCCAUUUUCUUAUACCAGUAGUGAAAAAAUUUCCCUAACUUUAAAAUCGCCCUGAGUUUGUAAUACAGUAGAGUCUCAAUAACGUAAACUAAUUGGGGAUGACUGUGUUCAUACUUUCGAGAGUUUAUAGUAUUGGAUAAAGGAAAAACAGAAUGCAUUUUUUUAAUGGAAUCUUAAACAUGAUGUUUUAAGGGAAAAUUAAACAAACAGUUAGUAGGUAUGAAUACUUAUGUAUAUUAUGCAAGUGAAAUAGUAUUAACAUAGGUACUUAAAUUUAUGCAUUCAUAGUUAAUCUUGGGUUUUAAAGAAACAGUUAUCCAAUUUUGUUUGACGAAAACGUGGUUUGUUUAAAAGAAUAGUUGCCGAUUCACGUAAUUUGUGUAAAGCCUGAAUAUCCUCGAAGUUAGCACUGUUUUGUUCUGCCCAUUCGAGUUCCGUGUUAAAUACACGAACUGCCUCUUCAUAAGUGAUUUUAUCCCAAACCUGAGUAACCCCUGGAUUUUGAUCCAGGCUUCCGCAUUUGAAUCAUCAAAAAUUAUAGUAAAGUUUUCGAAGUCAUCUUUAUUCCAUCCUUCGAUAUCCGAACGUUUGAAUCCUUGCCCCGGAUUAAUUUCUGCUAACAAAUUGAGGUUAGUCUCUACCACGCUAUUCAGACCUAACAAACAGUAUUGCGAGGUAUAUGAUGAUACGACACUUCUUAAUAAUUACUGGUUCCAGUUUAUUCCAUGCGCGUGACAGAUUCAAAAUAUCAUCUCUAAAGUUGUCUUGUUUGAUAAUGCGAUUUCUAUCCUUUGACUUGAUAACUACAACCAUUGCUAAAAACAGGGAUUGAUAAAGCAGUUUGGUCAACCUAAUAACGUUUUGGUCCAUAGGUUGAAUUAAAGGUGUCAUGUUGGGUGGCAUGUACAUACCUUGAUAGUUGAUAGCUUGAUCAUCUGAUAAAAGUUCUUGUACCGGGGGGUGACUAGGAGCAUUAUCGCAACUCAAGCUCAGAAUCGCUCGGGGUGCUAAUCAGAAUGCAUUAGUACCCUGAAGUAGACAAACUAUUGGUUUCACAAAUCUUCAACUUAAUAAAAUAAUAAAAUUUUAAAAUGUACGUUAGAGAUUGGAUACAUCAGAUGGGCAGAGAAAGAUUUAAUAAUUUAAUAAAUAAUACAUAGGAUAACUAAACUAAGAAAUUACAGAUCUCGGAAAUUGAAUUAUUACAAAAAAAAAACACUGAAGAAGACAACACUCAAGAAGACAUAUACAGACAUGACCCAAAUCCUAAAAAAAAGACAUUUAAUACUGAACUCGUCAAGAUCUAAAUUACCCGUAGCUACGACCUAAGUCCGGGAACAAAUUGUUAUUAUUAUUCUUUAUUUUUAUCUGCGUUUUAUUAUUGUUAUUAUUAUGUAUAGGUGUAAUAAGUUAUCACGUACAAGUAGUAUACCACUACUUCUGUGAUUAUUGUUUAUUUACUGGUAAAUUGAAUUCAUUAUUUUGUAAUAUUUUUUUUCAUUAUUGUAAAUAAACUGAUUUAUUUUCCAAUAGAAGAAGUGCUUUCCCUGGAAGACCUUCUUUACUUUGCGCAGUGGCAUUAUCGUAACCAAUGAGGUUUAUCCGAGGUGCGAUUAUUGCGAGUUGAAAACUAUGAAAAAAACUAUAAACCUUGCUUUCUUUCGCAAUUAAAAUUAAUUUAAAAUUUUAGUUUUUAAAAUUAUAGAUGUGUUACGUCAGGAAUAAAAAUUUAAUUCUUGCCGUCAUCGGCUGUUUUUGUAGUGUACAGGAAUGUGAAGGUUUUUGAAAUUUCGUGGUUUUUUUAGCUUUUCCUAUUACCGAAGGAGUUAACUUAUGUAGUCCAGUUGCAUUUGUACAUGCUAAAAACGUUAUUCUUGAUUUAGCUGUUUUUUUCCAGGGGCAGUUUUUUCUUCACUGGAUGUGUGUUUUUCCGGGUAAAAGCUUCCGAUAUAAACCGGUUUCAUCGGCGUUAUACAUAUUACCAAAAAGCGUAUGCCAUAUUUUUUCUUGAAUUUUUGGAGCCACCCUGAACUUGCAGAAAAAGUAGAGAUUUCGUACAAUUUUAAGUGAAAAUAUUUGGGUUUCUUUAUUAAAAUUAAUCCACUUAUUGGUGCAUCCCUUUCUCGUUGUGGCAAAAACUUUUUAUAUAGGGCUUUUUCCAUUAGCGGAUAUUCAGAGGGGCUAAGAGAUUUUCGUUUACCUGGUCCGUAAAAUGUUAAGGCAACUGCUGAGCUAAUAUGUUUUUCUUCCUUCUUAAUUGCACACACUGUGGAUUUGGUUAUGUCAUACUUUUUUGCCAAAAAGGUAACUCCGCAACCUUUACUUACAUCCUUAAUAAGUUAAUUUUUUUUUGGACAUUAUCGUGCUCGUUCCUUAUUGAUUGGCGAAUAAGCACUGAAUGAGGCGCGAUAUCUGGUCCAAACAUUGGCCGCAUUACAAAAAGACACUAAAGUUAUGGCUUAAAUAAAAAACCGAAAAUAAUGCCGCCGUAAAAUGUCUACUGGUUUUUUUUGUUCGCGUUUUAGAAUGCGCUAAACCAUUUUGGCUAUUCACGUUAUGGGACGUUUACGUUAUCUAACUGUAUUUUCAUUCCUUAUAAUAACGCUAUCUGACAUAUUAGUAAAACAAAUAUCAGGUCAGUAAUUGUCAUAAAUCUGUUGGAAAACCGUAAUAAUUUGUAUUAUGCUUGUUGACUGCCAAAGGCCCUUCCAUUUCGUAUAAUAACCAGGCAGGCGCAUAUAAUUAUUUAUAUGCAGUAUAUAGGACGACUAAAAUUAAUGCAUUUAGUAUACUUAUGUAUUAUUUGGUAUAUUGGUAGUACUAAAGUCAAAUUAUUUGGCGUAAACAAUUUAAACAACUUUUUAAAAUAUCUUUCGUGCAAUAUUUUAGGAAACUAUCAAGCACUUAUCUUUAAACUAUAAAAAAACUUAGUGGUUUUUCUUAACGUUAUUUAUUUACGAUCAGAUUAUUUCCAAACCAAAAAUUAAAUAUGUAAUUUGAUAUUUCUAAACACCUAUGAAUGUAAGUUUUCCUUGAUAACUAAUGUAAUUUAGUGUAGUUGUAAGUGGUAGUUUAGCUAUAAUUUAGUUAGAAAUAAUUAUUAAGAGCAAUUUUAGAAGAAAUCUAUACAUUAUUUAAUUAAAAAUGUGAUAUUUUAUGGGUAUUUUUUGGUUUAGGUUCGAUAAAAGUGAAUUCCCAUGGUGUCUGCUAACAUGUUGAAAUAGAUUAGGUAGUUCUUAAUUAUUGCACUUCUUUAUAGUGAUUUUUUUUGUGAUGUAAAAAGUAGAUUAUUGUUGAACACUCAGUCGAAAGUAGCCUAUUAUUUAUUUUUAACGCACCAAAUAGUAUUUUACUAGUUGUAUCCUGGGACCCAAAAACUACCAUUUUAUUUAUAUUUCUACUUUUACAGUUUUAGGUGCUUUUAUUUUUAAAUUAUUUGCUCUGUUUCAACCUUGUUUUUACUUUAUCUAAGUUAUAUAAACUUGUAUUAUGGCUUAAUAAAUGAAUUUUUAGUAAAUCUGAAAGGCUGAAAAUGUUUUGUAGCGUCUCAUACGACGUCACAUAUUGUUGAUGAUUAUAGAAGGCAAUCCAAAUCUUGAAGAGAUUAAGUACUAAACAAUAUAACAUUUAUAUUUUAUCGUACUUGAGUAUUAUUGUUAUUAUUUGGCACGUAUUUUCCAAAUUUACGUAGAGGGAGAGUGGAAAGUU